AUGAACAAGGUUUCAUUCGGGCCUGUGAUGGCUGCGACGACGACAUCGUCUUUCUUUGCUGCUCGUAUGCUCGAGCUCAGCUUCCUCCGAACCAUCUCCAUCGCCUGGGCCAUAGUCAUCCCCCUCUAUGUCGUCGUCUGGCAAUGCUACGUUUUCCCCUUUUGUGUCUCCGAAAUGCGACACAUUCCGGCCGUCGCGGGCUUUCCUCUCUGGGGUCAAUUCUUUGACAUUAUCUCCCAUGAGGUCGGCGAGCCCCAGCGCAAAUGGCACGAGCAGUACGGCCCCAUGAUCCGCUACUUCUUCCCCUUUGGCGCCGAGCGCCUGUCUAUUGCCGAAGACGAGGCUCUCAAGCACAUGACCGUUAGGAACCCGUACAACUACCCCAAGACUGUCCGCGCAAAGCUCUGGAUGGUCCGCAUUCUCGGCGAAGGCGUCCUCCUCGCUGAGGGCCACGAGCAUGUCCACCAGCGCAAGGCCCUGUCCCCGGGCUUCUCUAUCCAGUCCAUCCGCGCGCUGACGCCAAUCUUUUGGGAGAAGUCGCUCCUGUUGGCGAGCUGCUGGCGGAAGGAGAUGCAAGCCGACGGCGUGUCGACCAAGUCCUUCGAGGCCCUUGACUGGCUCAACCGCACCACGCUCGACAUCAUCGGCAAGGCGGGCUUCGGCUACGACGUCAACUCCCUUGAGAACUCCGACGCGCCCCUGCGCGAGGCCUACCGCCUCUGCUUCUCCUUCGACAUUGUCUCCCGCAUUUUCAUCGGCCUCCAGGCCUUCAGCCCCGUCUUCAACCACCUGCCGUCCAAGGUCAACCGCGACAUCAUGCAGUCGCGCUCCAUCAUACUCGGCAAGGCGACCGAGAUCAUCAAGGAGAAGCAGGAAGAGGCGGCUAACAACGCCGGCGGCAAGGACAUCCUUGCCCUCAUCGCGCGUGACAACAAGAAGCUCAAAGAGGCUGGCGAGGCAGGCCUGUCCUUCGAGACGAUGCGCGACCAGGUCAUGACCUUCCUCGGCGCCGGCCACGACACCACGGCCACGGGCGUCGCCUGGACCCUGCACCUCCUCUCCAAGCACCCCGUCGUCCAGUCGCGCCUGCGAGAGGAGAUCAAGGACCACAUGACCUUCCUCCUGGACGGGAACACGCGCUUCGACCCGGACCUCGUCGCCGCCGCGGACGCCGACAAGCUGCCGUACCUCGACAAUGUCUGCCGCGAGGCCCUGCGCUUCAUUCCGCCCAUCCCCAUGACGGUGCGGCAGUCCGUCGACGACGACGUCCUGGGCGGCUACAAGGUGCCCGCGGGCACCGUGGUCUACGUCCUCGCCAACGCCAUCAACCGGCUGCCCAUGUACUGGGGAGACCGUGCCGACGAGUUCGACCCGGACCGCUGGGACGACCUGCCGGCGACGGCCACGCCGAACGCGUUCAUGACCUUCCUGCAGGGCUCACGCGGUUGCAUCGGGCGCAAGUUCGCAGAGACGGAGAUGAAGAUCCUGCUGUGUUGCCUCUUGAGCAUGUACGAGUUCCAGCGGGACUUUGACACGCCUGACCCCGAAGACUGGAAGAUGUGGAGGCUUGUGUUGCGGCCCAGAGAUGGGGUCACUUUGAAGGUGACUGCUAUCUAA